UUUGACUGCCAGCUUUUUGUUCUUUCUCUUGACCGUUUGAACUUCAGACUUCUGCCUUCCAGUGUCAUGGAGAAAGUCCAAUAUCUCACUCGCUCUGCUAUAAGAAGAGCUUCAACCAUUGAAGUGCCUCAACAAGCACGUCAAAAGCUCCAGAACCUAUUCAUCAAUUUCUGUCUCAUCUUAAUAUGCCUCUUGCUGAUCUGCAUCAUUGUGAUGCUUCUCUGAAGCUCUGCUGCAACCUCCCGCUCUACAAUUUACCACAUCAGCAUGAAAUCCGUCAUCCCAUGAAGAGGGGAAAACAAUACUGUU